CAAGCACACACACACUCGGCUUGGAUUAUCUUUUAUCCAACAUUAAUAAAACACAUGAUUUUUUUGGCGAUUGCCAGUCUGCUGCAGGAGGUUCUUGUGGUUGCAGGUGUAGCCCUGGACCCAUGCUUUGCCUACAUCAGCCUGAAUGAACCCUGGAGGAACACAGACUACCAUCUCAACCAGUCCUCUGGUGUACCUCUGUGUGAUAGUCACGUGUCUGGAGAAUGGUACCGCUUUACUGGCAUGGCCGGGGACGCCAUGCCAACUUUCUGCAUCUCUGAGAAUCACUGUGGCACUCAUGCUCCAAUCUGGCUCAACGGCAACCACCCUCAGCCCCAUGAAGGCAUUGUCACCCUGCCUGUGUGUGCCAGCUUCAAUGACAACUGCUGCCGGUGGAAUGCUAGUGUGGAUGUGAAGGCCUGCACUGGGGGAUACUUCGUCUACCGCCUGCCCAAACCCUCAGUCUGCUUCCAUGUUUACUGUGGCCAUUUCUAUGAUAUCUGUGAUGAGAUGGAUUGUGCAGGUCCCAGAUGUCCCGAGUCUGACUGUCGCUGUGCACCUGGAACUGUCCUAGGACCAGACAAACAAACAUGCCUGGAUGUGAAUGAAUGUGAGAAGGGCAAUGGUGGCUGUGCAGAGGUGUGCGUGAACACCAAAAGCUCCAGGCGCUGUGAAUGUGGGCUGGGCCGUGUGCUGGAUGAAGAUGGACGCAACUGCAGAGAAAUAGCAGGGUGCCACAUUAACAAUGGAGGCUGCAGCCAUGGCUGCUUUUCGCUGGUGGAGUCCUAUCAGUGCCAUUGUCCCAGGGGACUGGAGCUGGGAGAGGAUAAACGCACAUGUCAGGUGCCAGUCCAGUGUGAUUCCAGCUCUAUUACAGUGUCAGUUCCUAAGGACCUUGUGGGAGGACUGGAGCUCUUCCUGUCCAACUCAUCUUGUCGAGGUGUCUCCAAUGGCACCCACAUUAACCUCAGCUUCAGUCUCAAGACAUGUGGCACAGUGGUGGAGGUGACAGAUGAUAAGAUUGUGGGGACCAACCUGGUGACAGGCCUUCCCAGGAGCAACUCAGACAGCAGCAGGGACUUGAUUGUCCGCACCAGCAAGUUGGUGCUCCCAGUCACCUGUGAGUUUCCAAGGGAAUACCAUGUGUCGGAUGGAUACCAAGCAAGUCUCCGCAGCUCAGCCAUGGAGCUCUCAGGCCGCAGUGAGGGGGUCUUCCCCUUUUCCCUGGAGCUCUUUAAGAACGCAGAGUUCUCCGAGCCAUACCGAACCCCGCCCCAGCUCCGCCUGCACGACUCCUUGUUCUUUGGGGUAGAGCCAAAGGAGAGGGUGGAGGGCCUCUCUGCACUUGUGGAGAGUUGCUUUGCUACACCAGGUCCCAAAGCUGAUCAAGCUGUCAAAUAUUAUCUCAUCAAAGAUGGGUGCAUCUCUGAUGAAACUGUGACACAGUACUCAUCCAAGGACCAGCUCUCUAAGCACUAUCAGGUCCCUGUCUUCAAGUUCAUUGGCAAGGACAACCGACAAGUGUUCCUUCACUGCCAAGUGUUAGUAUGUGGGGUAGAAGACUCCCGCUGUGCUCAGCAGUGCCGAGGACGUGUCCAACGGGAGGUUUGGGCCAGUGAACCUCAGGAGGAGCACACACUGAGUGGAGGCCCCAUCUUCAUCCUGCCUUAGUCAUGAUGAUAACAUACCGCCUUGAGAGCAUGCCAGCAGAACAAGCCAGGAUCACAAACACUGUGUCUGCAUUUAGAUUAAAGUUUAUUUGGUAUUUAAAACACCAAACAAAUGUAGGCACACACACACAAAGAGCAGUCCACAGCACUGUCCCUUUUAAGUCCCACAUAUGCAGUACAUGUUCAGUUUAUGCACUCCUCUUUUUUCUUAUUUCAAAUGUCAUUCAUUUAUUUGUUGAUCACUUCAAUUCAGGUUAAUGUGUUCAAAGUUCUGUGUCUUUUCCCAUUUGCUUUGCAGCACAAUUUACUGGGAUUACAGUGCAUGACAUUCCCAUUAGGAAUCAUUUUGCAGGGUCACAGUUCAUUUGUAACAGCUACAGCAUGAAGGAUGUUUUUCUAGGUCACAUAUUUAGGCAUUUCUCAGGCUUGAUUACAGCCUAAAGAUUUAUAUUUCACACUAUCACUGACUUAAAGUACACGUGGAACAUCUAUAUGUACACUCUGACACACUUGAUUGGGGCUGGGGAACAUGUCACACAUUCAUGUGUGCUGGAAAAGACAUGCCUAGAAACUAUGCAUAUGCUUCAUCAUGCUGACAGAUUAAAAUUAACUGUGUCGGUUAAGUCUUAAUUAGUCAUGCAUGUAUUUAUAAAAAAAAUCAUGCAAAUAACUUACAUCAAACAUGAACAUAGUAGCUAUAAUAGAAAUUACAUUUACAUGAAACUGACUUAAGGUUUCAGUCUAGCUUGAUAAAUGUUAAAUAGCAUGACACAGCGGAUCUUGUGUGCCAUAGUAAUUAUCUUGUAUCUUUCUGUCCAAAAAAAAUUAAUCCAACUACAAUAUCCUGCCCAUUAGCCAUUUUGUUUGGAGUCAUCAAAGUAAUUUAUGCUAAAAUAAGGUCAUUAAUGGAGUCACUGAGGUCUGAAAACUGCCCAAAAAAUGAAAUGGAGUAAGACGAGUGUAUUAUGCAUGAGGAGUUAAAUAAGUUAUAUUCAGAUACCUAAUAUCUGUUAGUUGCC